GCGAGGCAGAUCAUCUGAUGUUUUUGACAUGUGCUUGCCCUCAGCCGUCCGAGUCCGUACAAAUAGGAACACCAUCUCCCCGGGACCGGUAUUUGGGAUCUGCUUCUCAGAACAUCACAGACGGCAUUUAACUUACUUCGUCGAUCAUUGAGCAUCAGAGGACCAGGCGUCUCAAGCCGGCAUAAUCUUGUUUCUUUUCGUUUCUCUUCUUGCAGAUCGAAACAUUCCUUUCGCAUCACCAAACACUCGUUUUCUACACCCAAGCUCGAUCACCAUCACAACCGCCAACAUGGUCUGCCUCUCAACCAUCUCAGCCUCCCUAGCCCUCGCCAUAACCGUCCUCGCCCUCCCCUCCCCCCUGACCGCAGACCCCGCCGGCGCGAAGAACGUCGGCAACGGACAGGGCGUCCAGUUCAUCACGGGCGCGUGCCUCUCCGACGCGGAUUGCGCCUCGGGCUGCUGCGCCGGCUUCAGCGGCGGGGGCAUCUGCUCCGGCCCCGCUGUUUCCUUCGCGCAGGGAAAGCAGGGGUGCGGGUUCGGCGGGUCCGGUUCGGGUUCGGGUUCGGGUUCUGGCUCCGGCUCCGGCUCCGGCUCCGGCUUCGGCUCCGGCUCCAGCUCGGGCCAGGGGACAGUCAACGAGGGGACAGUUGGAGCGGGUGCGGGCGCGGGAGCGGGAGCGGGCGCGGGCACCGUCAAUCUGAAUCUGGCGGGGUCGCAGAACGUCGGCAAGGGGGAUGGGUCGCAGUUCAUCACGGGCCAGUGCUUUAGCAAUGCGGACUGCGCGUCCACGUGUUGUAAUAAGGCCACGGGCUUGUGUAACGCCAUUGGUGCCAUUGGCAUUGAGAACUGCGGUUUCGUGGCUGGGGCUUGAGGGCUUGAGGGCUUGAGGGGGGUGGGGUUUUGUGCCGGUUUUUUCUUUUCUUUGUCGGUCCUUCUUCUCAAUGUUUCUUCUGUUCUCAUCUACGGCUGGCCGGCUGGUAUAAUAAGAUGCAUCGUAUUAGGGCGGGCAUGAGGGUCAGUACCGGUGAUUAUUCUUGCUGGGCAUGGACUGUUCUGUUUCUUCGGGGGACUCUGGUGUAAAUUUGGUGUGGCCUGAUUCAAAAGAGCUAAUAACCUUUACCUUGGUAUCCAAGCUCCCGUCGUGCGAUUUGCGCGAGUAAUUGAAUGUUGUCAAUUGGGAGGAGUGGUGAGCCUUAAAGUACAUGAGUGAGGGCAUUCGGACUGUAGAUUAAAUGCCCUGCAUGGUGAAUUGACU